CACACCACCACCAACCUCUUGUCUCUCUCCCUACGGCGGCACCAUGGCCACCACUACGACUACCACUGUGCGCUCUUCCCGAGAUAAGAACGCGGUGGAGCGAUUCGUUCCACCAACAGCAAAAGCGGCCACCGACAAGAAUGCUCUCUACGAGGGCUCCGGGACGCUGUUGGCGGACAUCCCCAUCGUGCCGGUCAACCUGAACAAGAUCGAUGCGGACCACGACCUGCUCAAGGCUUUCCACGCGUUCCUCUACGGAGGCGUCGGCAAGAAAACCGUCAGAAAGAAGAACAUCCGCAGUUUUUCCGGCUUCCCUGACGACGACGGCAAGGACGCGAGGAUGAAGAAGCUGACAGAGUCCAAGAAGUGGACCGUCGCCGCGCUCAGGGACCUCUGCACCUUGCUCGGCUUGGAGAAGGGAGGGGACAAGGCCGAAGUGGUCGACCGGAUCGUUUCCUUCCUGGCUAGCCCGGAUCCAUCGGAAUCUAAGGGCCCGGUCGCCAAGAAGCCCAAGAAGGCCGCUAAGAAGCGAAAGUCCACCGGCAAGGGCAAGCAGACCAAGAAGGCCAAGAGGGAGGUCAAGCCGAGACCGCUCAACGGGUACAUGAUGUUCAGUAGGGAGGCCCGCGCGAAGGUGCUCAAGGCCGACCCUGGACUCAAGUCGACGGAAGUGACGGCCAAAAUGGGACAGAUGUGGGCAGAGUGCUCCGACGCUCAGAAGGAGAAGUACAAGCAGCAGGGCAUCAAGGAGUUCGAGGAGAAGAAGGGGGCUGUGGCAGAGGAAGAGGAAGACGAGGCGGACGAUAAGGAUGCGGACGAGGGCGACGACGAGGGCGACGACGAGGGCGAAGACGGGGACUCUGGUGACGACUCGGAGUAACGCUCAGGGGGCGGCACGCAGGAGGAGCAUUUUCCGCGGGGUCUUGGAACAAAAUGGAGGGCGUUUUCCUGCCAAUUCUGUGGGUAGCAGGGGCAAAACACGCAAUGCUCGAUUCGUUCCAAGAAACAGCACUCGUUUUUCGUUCUGCGACCUUCAAGGUUGCGUCGCACGCAUUUCUCGGCGGCACGGACUCAACACACUGCUGUGCCAUCGUAGUUGUUAUCCUCGCCUGGCGACCAGUUUCCGCGUUCGAAAGCGGAGUACUGUGUACGUUUGUCCACGUUGCCAGGAGUGUAUGCGAGAAGGGGGGGGCUUGCCCACGAUCUUGUGAAUUCUUUUUUUUAGCGUCGUUGCUGCCGAAUUUCCGGGGUGGGUGGGUUUUGGAAUGCAAGCAUGGGCUUGAAGACACAGUUCGGGACCUUUCUUUCCCCCAAACAAUCGCGGGGUUAUGGUACAUAGUUUGCGGGGCUGUGUUCCCUUGCUUGCCUUGGCACAGAGUAUAGUAGUACGGUCUCGAGUGGCUCGUGGAAUCCAAUGUUUUAUGGCGGAACUGCGGAGCUGCCGCUGGUGUGCUUCGCAUCGCACACCAGGUAUGCACAAUUGGCGAACUAUCGUCCCACCUAGAGAGAGGGUAGAGAUCCUGCAUCAAGCGGUGCGGGGUGGAUGCUAUUCUGCGGGGCACAUUUCCGUGUGCCCUAGGCCGUAGUCGGCGUCGUAGCGCUCUUGUUGCCUGCAGUUCUGCGUCUCCAGAGGAACGAAACGGUGACACACUCGAGGCAGCGGGGUACCUGUUGGCGGCGGCUGAUGUGUGCCGAUAUUAUUUGCUGCGGGAGCACAAACCUUUCGGCCAAGGUUUUGUGGGGGAUGCCGUGUCGCAGCGGUUUGAUUGCCUCUCCUGUGGAGAACUGAUUCUCGGCACUUGCCUGUUCCCUAGUACACCGGGUGGUAGUUCUCUUGGUACCAUGUAGUUAUUUGUACAUGAAGCGUCUUUGGCGUUCUUGUCGGGGAGGGCGUACGGCGCUUGUGCCAUGUGGUCGUGUAUCUGUCGUUUUACCAUGCCAACAAGCUAGGGUGUAUUCAAGUACAGUAUGCAUACUUUUAUUUUUUGCUCCCGUCUUUUGCGGCGAGCGGAAGGGCUGUUGUUUUGUUUGUCGUGUAUCGAGGUGUGCAGACAAUCGGUGUAGAGACUGGCACGAAGUUUGUCUUUUCUCGAACACCAGCGCGUAUGGCUCUCGAGUACACCAGGGCAUACCUGUUUGUCUGCGUGUCCGUCUGCUCGUAUUCAGUGUCUAUCGGGGUACUGCUGUUUCAUGAAAAAUGGCGUUCUUCUGGUGGUGCACACCAACGAAUCCAUUGAGUUUCGCCAAUUUCUGAACCUUGUUUGCCGUAUUGCCACGGGGGCGGGGGGGGCUUCUGCUACACGCACUGCGAAGAGGCGCACUUCAUGGACGCAAAGUGAAGACCGAGGAAACUUGGCGAACGCGGCAAAGGGCCCAUGAACUAUCUGCCCAUAGGAGAUAGAGCUCUCGAACAUCCCAUCAGUAUUCAUUCCCGCGCACACCAUCGCCACUCUCGUCGCUCGGAGCCUUGUGAAACCUCCGCCGCCUGCUGGCCUCAUUGGAACCACUUAAAUAUCUGGUCAAUGUGUUAACGUUGUUGCAGGCCCUGAAAAAUCCUGGCGAGCCCCUUGCCGCCCUACCUCGGUCUUUGAUAAAGCUGUGGGCGCCGCGAAGGGCGUAAGGGUGCAUGCAUAUCAUUCGGCCAGCUAGAAACUGAUCUUUGGGUUUGCAGAUAAGCAUCCAUUCGAGAUGCUCGUUUUUAGAAAGUGUAGUCAAAACAUAACCUUUGGAUCCCUGCCGUGGUGCCACAUACAUAACUCUCUCCGAUAGGACUUGAGGCUUGGCGGGAAGGCUGUAUCGAGUUCGCGCACUGCUGUUCUUCCACAUUGACCGUAAGCCUGACAUCAACUUCUUCUUCUGCUGCACAAUCGAAUCCAGGUGUGUGAGUGUGCUGGUUGGACACAAAGUGUCUCUCGUCGAGUACCACACCAAUAAGAUCCACCACUACUGCUCAACACGAAGAUGUGUACUACUCACUGAUGCUGCUGCUGCCCUUGCUGAAGGAUACUCUACAACAUGGCGACGACACACCGGAGAAACACAGGGAAGUCUCGUGCUGCUGCUUGAUGGGGCAGCCAAUGAUUGCAUAGACCCGAUGACUUGAUCUAUUCAAAAUGUUCGCCACCACCUUUCUUUUAUUGCCUCGCUCCUACUCCACCAAGACUGAUUACCCUCCAUUCAUUUGCAAAAGCACUGCAAUCUCUCCCCUCCCAUGUAGUACUUAUAUCACAACCUCCCCUGAUACAUCCCGUCAUUACUCGACAAGCAAGGUAGCAAACAUCACGUGAUGGUUUUUUUUAAAUAUCGAAAAGAGCGGGAAAGCAACAAACAGUCGACAUGUUUUGAGAUUCAAAUUCUGUUUGCAAACAUGUACGAUUGUGUAUGUAUGUUUGUUUUUCCUCAUAAUGUACGACACAGCACAAGACUUACCUCCGUUUCCUCUCUCCUACACAACCAAGUUUACUGCCCAUACACACGCAAGAGCACUGCAAUCACUCUCCCCCCAUAAUGCAUACUUUGCGUCACAAUCUCAUUUGAUGAGUCUCAUUAUUACUCGUCAUACACGCAUAUCAAACAACACCAUGGGUAGAGUUGAAAAUCAAAUUGAGCGGGAAAUCAACAACCACCUGA